AUGAAUAUGUCAGUCGACAAUGAAACCAAUGCACUGAACGAUACUAUAGAGUCAGGACUUAAUGAUAAUACACAAAAUAGCGUAGACUCAACUGGGCAUGAAGAAAUGGUAUCCCCAGACAAAUCAAAUCAUUCGAAUAGUAGUGCGUCAUAUAGUGAAAGCGACAGUGAUGAUGACGAUUAUUUUCUAAGCGAUGAAGAAGAGUUGACUAACAUAAAUUCGAAUCCUGAUGAAGGGGUUACUCGUAUGAAUUAUUCGACCAGUAUGGCUGACCACAUUGCAUAUCUAUCUAAUUCACUUACUUACGCAUUAGACUCUUUACAGUUAGAUAAGUCGCUUGUUUUACAAGCACAAUUAAGUGGUCAAUUGAACAACGAAAAACAAAAGAUCAUAGAUAAAAGAAAAGAAGUCGUUGACAAAAUUGAGAAUUUAAAAAAUCUUUAUGCAUACAAUUUUGUCUCAACUAGUAACCUGAAUCGGAAAUCAAACGUCAGUAGGAUGAAGAAAUUAAAACAGGAUAUAACUGAAAUCGAAUACAGAAUUGAGAAAUUAAAAUCAGGCCCUUCUAAGAAUAAUGGAUCAACAUUUCGAGCAAUGUUCAAAUCAAAAAACCAGAAUAUGGGAAUCGCAAACAAAUAUCCUAUUGAAUACAACCAGGCCAAAGAUAAAGUUUUAGAAAGGCAAAUUGAGGAAUAA